UAUCCCUGAUAUUUUCUAUUGAAACUUGAACAAUUAUAUUCGUCAAAGUGUUGUUUAACAGAUUCUAAACUCAAAGUAAUGAAAUAUUUAUUAUUUUGGACGUGACUUAUAAAAACCCCACCAGCACACGAACGACGUGCGAACGUUUGAGGAACGAAUUUUUGUUCGGCGUGCGCGUAAUCGUCGGCCCUCAGAACCAAUGAAACGAAAAUCGCCGAGCCGCUAUCAAAAUAUAUGGGCGAUGCUGGGUCGUCUAGCACGCCGUUGGAACGUUGCGAGGUCGUUUGCUAUGACUUGAAAAUCUUUGGCCGUUGCGAGCCCAGCCAAUCAUUUGUCAACUACAUAUAUUAAUAAUAAAUAAUAAAAUUGCUGUUUUCAACAAAAGUAAGCACGCAUGAUCAAAAAUCAUGCAGCGAUCUUUUUCGUAUUAAUACUUAAGCUUCUUGAUACAAUAAACUCUUAAAUAAUAAGAUGGACGCCGCUCACGGACGCCAAUCAGUGCUGCCCACGAGUGUUGCGUGUUGCCCAUCGACAUUGUCUCGAGGAGGCGCGGCACGCGGCACCACUGUCUGGCAGCACUGACGCCAAUUUGGAGCGCUUCCAUUCCUCUUUUGUCUUUACUCAGUCUCAGUGCCCUCAGUGGUUGUGUGUGGUUGUGUGUCAUCGAAUUUACGGAACUUUGAUUAAAACUUUCAUUUUUUCUUCGAAAUCAUUGUCAAUGUAAGUAUUACUAUUUGAACAAUAAAAAGAAAGAUCAGAUGUCUUGAAUCGCUAGACUUUCAUUAAAUGUGUGACGGUCGACGCGUGCUAUAACCUGCAUGCACAAAGGCGGAUGAGAAAGUUUGGUUUUUAUUUCGUAUGCACAUAAUCUUUUCGAAUUUCAGAGUGUCUUUUCAGUACUCUUCUUCUGAUUGUUUUUAAUUUUUAUGCUUUAUUUGCAGGUUAUUGCGAAGUUAUUAUAUAAUCAGAAUGAAGCAGGACAGUAAAGGACAGUGAAGGACAGUGAAGGAUUCUCACAAUUUGUAAUAAGGAGGAUCUCUCUCUCUCUCUCUCUUUACUUACGUUACUUCUCUGCAGGUUAAAAUUUAAAUGAGAAUUUUGAAUUAGAUUGCUGCACUAUGGAAGGUACGAAUAUUAUUUCUUUCUAAAGAAAAUUAUAGCUGUUUGAAAUCAAAUAUAAUGUAACUCUUGGAAUUAAAUAAUGUUACUUAAUAUACUCUCAUACAUUUUAAGAGUAAACUAAUUUUCUUUACAUUGAGGAGUUUGAUUUGAAUCUUUUGAUGCUCCUUUGAGAGGUACUGCUGUUUUUCAGUUCAAUGUUCAUAUUUUAUUUUGUUUUGUUUAAUCUGGAUGGAAUUAGUUUGCGUCAGAUUUCCUUUUUCUACUUUUCCUAACUAUUACAAUCUUAUUUUAUUUCUUGCCGUUGAUUUUAUAAUUAUAAUUUUCCAUAUUUUAGGUGAUUAUCUCAUCAUACUGUAAACAUUAUAAAAUAUACUACAGUUCUAUUGUACUUUAAGUUUGUUUAAUUGUUUUCUUUCAGCUUUCUUAGUUUGUACAUUUCUUAUCUAGAGUUAAACCCGUGAUCUACGUAUAAAACUAAUUCGAAUGUGAUUAAAUUGAGUUUCCUGGUUGCAAUAUGAGCAAUUUACAAAGGGGAUUUAUUGUAAGUUUGAAGCAGAUUAGACGACGAGCUAAAUCUGAAGCUUCAGCAGUAUUUGCUGAAAUCACUGAGAAUGACUUGCAGUUUUUAGAUGAAGAAGUAGAUUUAUCAACUUCUUUUCAUUUUCCAGAAGAUAACUUAAUUUCAGGAAGUUCAAAUAAUGAUAAAGAGAAUCAACAAAAUAACCUUCUAAAUAUUUCUAACCAACAGGAUAAUAAUUCAAAUUGUAACGAGCUAAGCAAUGCUGAAAAUAAUGACGAUAUGGAAACAGAUCGUAUUAUUAAAGAAGAUGUGAUUCGUGUCAGGCACGACUUGUUCAAUAGAAGCAGCAGCUCUGAAACUUCCAGUUCUAGCACAAGUGAGGCGAGUGAUGCAGAGGUUCAGGCCGAUACUAUGUCUCAGAAAUUGCGCUUAUGGAACGUGCAGUACAAUAUAACAUUAGAUGCAUGUAGAGCAUUGCUGAAAAUCCUUAAACCUUCACAUCCCGAAUUGCCUUUAGAUCCAAGAACACUUAAUCGUACUCCCAAGAAGACACUAGUUCAAAAUUUAAGAAAUGUUCAUAUGUCCAUGUUGGUUUGAUAAAUGGGUUACAGAAACGUAUAAAGAAAAGUGGCGUAAAAAUUGGUGGCAGUAUGCGUAUAGGAAUAGACACAAAUAUCGAUGGAAUAAAUAUGACAAAGAGUACAAUUACAGAUGUGUGGCCAAUAUUAUCUGCAUGCAUUUAUAAUAGAGUAUUUGCAGUUAUUAAAUGAUGGCUUGACUGUUGAUGAGAAUAAAUAUGAGAUUUAUAUUAGAUGUUUCAUAUGUGAUGCACCUGCUAGGCAAUAUCUGAAACGUAUUGUGGGGCAUGCAUCUUGUAACGGUUGUGAAAGGUGUAGGCAAUCAGGGGAUCACAUUUUUAACAGAAUGUGCUAUGCUACCAAAAUAAUUGGGCUCAGAUCAGACGAGGACUUUAUUCAUCAAUCCGAUCCAGAACAUCAUGAUGGGGUUUCACUUCUUUUAAGAUUAAAUUUAAAAAUGGUUUCUCAGUUUGUUCUUGAUCCAUUUCAUUUAGUUCUUGAAGGUGUAGUAAAAAGGUACUUGCAAUUUAUUUUAAAGGGCACGAAAUCAUCGUGGGGGCAAGG